AUGAGGACCUUGGUCUUGGCUGUUGUGGCCUUCAUGGCUUUUAUGCCAACGACUUCUUUGUACUUUCACAUUGCCGAAACGGAACGAAAGUGUUUUAUCGAGGAGAUUCCAGAUGAAACUAUGGUAAUUGGUAACUACAAGGUCCAGUUGUACGAUCCAAACACGAAAGGCUACGGAGAUUAUCCUAACAUGGGCAUGCACGUGGAGGUCAAGGAUCCUGAUGAUAAGGUAAGGCUUUUCUUUGUUUCUUUUUGUCUUUAGGUGUUUCCUGUUGGAUAUUGUAAAGGUUUACUAGCAAACUGAUGUGUUUAUAGGUUAGAAAGCGGAAAAUCUUUAAUUUUAUUUGAUAAUACUAUAAACUAAUAUUGUGGUAAACAUUUUAUAAUUUAUACAAGGCUUUUGAUUUCAAUAUAUAUCAAAUGUUUAUGAUAUUAUUCUUGAUUAUUUGAUUUUACACAAAUCUUUAAAUUUUAGGUAAUUCUGAGCAAGCUCUACACAUCAGAAGGUCGUUUUACCUUUACCUCUCACACUCCUGGAGAGCACUUGAUCUGUUUGUACUCAAACUCUUCUUCAUGGUUCUCUGGAUCUCAACUUCGUGUUCAUCUGGACAUUCAAGUUGGUGAACAUGCUACCGAUUAUCAACAAGUAGCUGCCAAGGACAGAUUGAACGAAGUUCAACUGAGAAUUAGGCAAUUGUUGGAUCAAGUGGAGCAGAUUCAGAAGGAACAAAACUAUCAACGCUACAGAGAAGAACGAUUCAGAUCGACUUCAGAAUCUACCAAUCACAGAGUUUUGUGGUGGGCGAUCGGGCAAACUUUGGUGCUGGUACUGUGUGGAGCUUGGCAAAUGAAGCAUUUGAAGGGAUUCUUUGAGGCCAAGAAGCUUGUUUAG